GUGUCUAACUUCAGGUGAGAAGAUAUAUACAUGCGGCCUCUCUGAUAUAUCUUUGACCUGAAGGUCUGCUAGUAAACAUAACAUAACUUUAGAGGCAAUAUAGAUAAAUUUCGUAUUCUAAAAGGAAUAUAUUAAUUAAUCUUAGUGUUAUUAGGUGUAUAUAAUUAGGCUCACAAUGGAUGUAUUUUUAAUGAUCAGGCGAAAGAAAAUGACAAUAUUUACCGACGCGAAAGAUGACACCACAGUUCUCGAGCUUAAGAAAAUGAUUGAAGGUAUACUAAAAGUACCACCGGCAAAUCAACAAUUAUUUAAUAAAGAUUAUCUUCCAAUGUCUGAUAACAAGGCAUUACAAGAUUACGGAUUGACAUCGUUAACUGCAAAGGCACAAUGUCCUGCAUUAGUCGGUUUAGCUUUACGUCAAUCAGAUGGUCAAUUUGAACCUUUGGAAAUGACACCGUUUUCAUUACCGCCGGAUCUCCCCGAUGUUAUGAAAUCCCAAGAAAAUAAUGGACAGGAGCAAUCUCCUUGAAAUAAUGCGUAUGACAUUGCACCAAUUGACGAUGAAGUUUUGUGUUCUAUACAACUUAGUAAUCGUCAGGGCAGCUCUGAAUGGUAAAACGAGAGAAAAUCUUAUGUACCAUGUACUAUGUGAAUAUUAGAAUGUGAAUAUCAUGGUGUCAAGAGAGAGCACCAUAUGAAUAUUAGAUACGUACAAUUUUAUACAGAUGUUCAGAGCGGCAAAAUUUUUUAAUAUUUAAUCUAAUGAGGAUGCAAUGUAGUCACACAAUCUUCAGUUUUGUAAUGACAUGUGGCAAGUACUAAUUUGUACUUGAUUAUUAGACUGAAGGUGAUAAUAAAACUAAAAAAGAAUCAUGCUCACACUCUACAACGUGCGUUAAACCAAAUUUAUAUAGAUAUGAAAUUAUACAUAAGUGUUUUGUUAUAAUCAGAAUGCGAGAAUAAAUACCUCAGCUUAUAUUUAAUUUACAGACAUAUAGCUUAAAUACUUUAAAAUAAUUUUUAAUAUCUUUAAAAACGAAUAUUAUAUAUUUUCAUUCAUCUACGCUUUAUUUAACUGGCUAUAUAUAUAUAUAUAUAUAUAUAUCUCCUUGUAUCACAGGGAAAACUAAAAUAAAUUCAGUUUCAUAAGAUAAUAAAUAAUGUGUAUAAACAGUUUUUUAUUUAACAUGCAAAAAGUUAUUUAUGAUAUUUUUAAAAUUAUUAUUAUUAUAAUCGGAAGGCAUAAUGACAUAAGGCUGAUUGGAUCUGAGUUGACAUAAGGUAUACAAUUAUUAUAAAUGUAAAAUAUAAUGCUCCAAUGAAUGUGUUUUUAAUUCUAUAAUAUUGUAUAUCUUAUUAGAACUGUUAUGUAACUUAUAUUUAGUUUUAUAAUUAUUAGCCACACAAUUAUAUAACUAUAUGUUACAUAAGAUAUGUAACAAUGCAAAUAUCACGCUAAGCAGCAGUAAAAAAAAAAAAAAAAA